UUUUUGCUUCCUCCGAUCCACCAACCCAGACACUUUCCUGUAAGGAAAGCACAGACAAGCUGUGUACUAUCAUUGCUGCUUUUGUUGUGUUGACAUGAACAUGAAAGCGCUAGUUAUCGUUUUGGUGCUAGCUCUGGCUACAAUUUUUGCUCUAGUCUGUGUCUUGCUGACAAAGAAGGAAAAAAAAGUCACCAGUUGUGUCUAUUCUGAACUACCGAUUUCUUCUGAGAAGCAGAACAGAGAACAAAAUGAGAUCUUUGCUGAUCUGACAGCAGAAGAGAUGACUCAGGUGGUGAAGUACCUCAAGAAGAAUCUCGGGGUGUACCUGGAAGAUGCAUUUCAUGCAAAACCAUCAGAUAAUUGCAUUUACUAUAUGGAUGUGCACUUCCCGCCUAAAGCCAAAGUUCUGGGCUUCCUCGAUCGUGGAAGGGAACAGCCAUCCCGGCAGGCAUUGGCUGUGGUAUACUUUGGAAGCCAGUCAGAUCCAAACAUCACAGAAUUUAUAGUAGGUCCACUUCCAAAUCCAAUGUACCAUCGAGACAUUACAAUGAGGAAAUUUGGCAAGAAGGUUCCAUAUCACAGCAGACCAGUGACUGAGAGGGAAUACAAAGACAUUGACUUGUUCAUUUUCGAUAAGCUCUUCAACACCUCCAACUUCCUCAAAGAAUGUUGCAAUUAUGAGAGGACUGAUUUAGCUACGCUAACCACAGCUCCUCGAGGAUUUGUGUCUGGUGAAAGAGCCACCUGGUUUGUCCUCUUCCAGAAUGUGAUUGGCAGUGGGUACUACAUCCAUCCUAUUGGCUUGGAGAUGCUGGUGGAUCACAGCAGUCUGGACAUCUCUGAAUGGAAGCUGAAGAAAGUAUUCUACAAUGGUCGCUAUUACCAGGACAUGGCUCAACUGGAAAAAGAGUUCAAGAAUGGGCAGGUAAAAGAAGCAAGAGUGAAGAGUACUCAGCUGCAGAUGGAUUAUGCUUCCAGGAAGCGUUUUGAACCUGCAGCUUCUCCAGGCCCAUUUCAGUUUGAGACCCAAGGAAAGCGCUACACUGUAACUGGCACCCAUGUGGCCUAUCAGCUAUGGAAGUUUACAUUUGGGAUGAAUGUGAACACGGGGCCACGUCUCUUCAACAUCAGAUUUAACUCUAAGAGGAUUGUCUAUGAGCUGAGUCUGCAGGAAGCUCUUGCCACUUAUGGUUCGAACUGUCCUGGAGGAAUGGUGACCAGAUACAUGGAUGGUAGCCUUGGCAUUGGAAAGUUUUCUUACGAACUAGUCCGGGGUGUGGACUGCCCCUACAUGGCCACCUAUGUGGACCGGCAUUACCUAAUAGACUCUGACACUCCCAAACUGAACAAGAACUCCUUCUGCAUCUUUGAGCAUGACAUGGGUGUGCCUCUGCGUCGCCAUUUUUCUAAUUUAGGUUCCUUUUACUAUGAGGGGUUACCCAAAUAUGCUUUGGUCUUAAGGACUGUUUCUACCCUCAUUAACUAUGACUAUGUCUGGGAUUUUGUUUUCUAUCAAAAUGGUGCUAUAGAAGUCAAGGUCCAUGCUACAGGAUAUAUCAGCUCCUCAUUUUUCAUGAAAGGGGGUACUAAGUAUGGAAACAGGGUUGGGGAGUACACACUUGGAACCAUGCACAACCAUCUGAUAAACUACAAAGUUGACUUGGAUGUGGAAGGAGUCAAGAACUCUUUGAUGGACCUUGACAUGGCAUAUGAACCUGUGCAGGCCCCUUGGAGCACAGAGCACACAAUCCAGCGGCCAAUCCUCACCCACCAAAGCCUGGAUACAGAAGAAAAAGCCGCUUUCCUACUUGAUGGCAAAAUCCCACGGUACCUUCUUUUCAGUUCUAACAAUGAAAAUCAGUGGGGCCACAAACAGAGCUACCGCAUCCAGAUCAUCAGCUUUGCAGGCGAGCACUUGCCCCAAACUAGCCCCAUGGAGAAGGCCAUCAGCUGGGGCAGGUACAAGCUGGCUGUCACUAAGCAGAAAGAGGAGGAACUUACCAGCACCUGCAUCUAUAACCAGAAUGAUCCAUGGGAUCCCCUGGUGACCUUUGCAAGCUUCAUAGACAAUGAGACCAUAGUUGAUGAGGAUCUUGUGGCCUGGAUCUCAGUUGGAUUCUUACAUGUGCCACAUGCUGAGGACAUCCCCACUACAGUGACAAUUGGCAACGGAGUGGGCUUUUUACUUCGGCCUUACAACUAUUUUGAUGUUGAUCCUUCUAGCAAUUCCCAUGACAGUGUCUACUUCAGAGAUGGUGAAGAUGCUGGCAAGUGUGAUAUCAACCAGAUUGCUUGCUUGCAACAAACAGUCUCAUGUUUUCCCAGCCUACCUCCUUUCACUUACAGUGGCUUUGAGAACUUGACAAGUCCAUGACAAGAAGAAUCCACAUUUUGCCCUUUGCUUACUUUGCUAAAUAUACUCUGGCUUAACCUGAAAAAAAAAAAUUGCCAAGCCUAAAGGAUGACUGGCCUGAGCACCACUGGUUCUCCAUUUCUAUUCUGUCUGUUCCCUUACCUUUUGUCACCCCUCAGCGUUGUCAAUUUGAGGCUGAGAUUUUUUUUAGUCUAACACAAUAGAGAAUUUCUGCUUUCAGCUGACAGUCAAUCAGGUGCUUCACCCAGCCUUUUUUCACAUUAUGGUUAUAUCAUUAGGCAACUAUGUGUUUCUUCUCUUUGAAUAUCAUUGACUGAUAUUUUAAAUGUUCCAGCAUGUAUAGGUUUUCACCUCAUGGAAAAUUACUUGGAAUCUGAAUUGAGCCAGGAUAUGAUACAGUUGUCUUGCAUAUUAGAAAGAGGAUCCAGCAAGGACUUGCUCAAUUAAAUGAUAAUUAGAAUGCACUGAAUGCUUUCAAAUGGUCACAGCAAUAAAGUGACUUUUGAAAUCUCCAUUCAGAUGCACAAAGCUAAAAGUGAUUAGUUUAUUACAUUGUAAUUCGAGGCCAAAAGCUUCCAUCAACCUCAUGCAUGUGGAGACCAUUUUCAGCUAUUUGGGGAAGAAAUUCUUUAAAUGGGGCAGGGGGGCUUACUAUACCAAGAGACAGGUUGCUCGUUCUCAUUCCAGCUCCAUCCCCUGCUGAAUUGCAGUAAUCUUUUUCAACAUAACAAGAAAUGUAAAUUCCUCUGCUUGCCUCCUAUGAUAAUGCUAAACCCGCUGAGAAUCCAUGCUGCAAGGCCAGUCAUGAUUUGGGUGCCUCUUGGGAAGUUCUCCUUUGAAAUGCUAGAAACAAAUGAAUGGAUUUGAAGGACUAUUUUCAAAUAGGAAUGCACUGCUUAUUCAAAUAGCCCGUGGCCUUUCAAAGGAACACCAGGUAAAUCAUGUGAUGGUGGCCCUGGUACCUCUGGCUGACCAGAGUUUCUUUCAGAUGGGCACAAGCAACUAUUAACACUACUGAAGAUUGCUCUUCAGCUGUGGAACUAGAGUUGGCUUGCCACACUAUUGGAAGCGUUGGACUUUUCCUAACUGUGUAUCUUGUUCUGUCCUCACCAGUGAAAGAAAAUUGCUGUUCUGUGAGCAUGGGGAAGGGCCUGUUUAUAUGAGUGGUUAGGAGAAAAAAAAAUCCAAUAACUUAAAAAAAACCCAAUUAUUUAAUAAAAUUUCAAUAGGAAAAUUUGUGUAUGUCUCCCCCCGCCCCACCCAAAACAGCCAUGACUUUUAGAAUGGAGGAUGGGUCAACUCACUUUCUUGUACUACUGAUAAUGAUAGAAAAGCUGUUGAAAUGAGAACUAAUUGUCUGGGAUACUUGCUGGUGAAUGUAACCCUUUCUGUAAACUAUAAAUAGGACUUUCCUUCCAUUAGCAAUUCCAUCUUCCAUCCCAGUCCAUAUUUGUUGCCCCCUUUCUCCUCAUCCUCCUUUUUAUUUGCUGUUUCUCUGGAAGGAAGAAGGGAAAUAUGCAUGGACCGUCUGUGAAAGAGAGAGAGGGAAGGAAAAAGUCAUGUAUGCAGAUAGUGGUUCAAUUAAUUUUAUCAACAGGGUACCUUGUUUUAGGCUAUUGCUUUUAAUUAGGAGGUAUUAAUUCAAUUAAUAUACACUUGUUUAUUUUUGUUCUGGCUCUACCUUUUUGGGAAUACCAUCUUGCAGGUAUGUGUGAAAAACUACGUCAAUGCAUACACAUAGACAAAGGUGUCAUGCAUAAAAAAUUGGUGGAGGAGAAUUUCCAGGAUUGGUUUCAGCUGGAAUUGCCAGCUAUAGUUUGUCAAAGUAGGGAAGUUGGAUAUUGUACAAGAUUUUUGUCUAUAUAACUUUUUUUCUAACUGCUCUUCUUUUUUGGUUGGGGGGAGGAAGCCAUUCUAAAUUUAGGAUCAUUUUCCUAUAUUUUAGCAUUUGUUUUGUAUUUGAAAUACGUUUUUUAAUGUAGCUGAAAUAUCUGCAUUAAUUUGCAUUGGGAAGAAGGCUGCAUUCCCCCUCCACCAAAAAAAAGUGCAUUUUAGCAUCAGACUAAAUUCACCAGCAUCAGUGCCUCACCCAAUUUAAAAAAAAUAUGAAAAAAAAACUGCUUUAAGUUUUGUUUACUUGUAUUGGAAAAGCUACUUCACAUAUCUUUACAUGUGAUGGAAAUUUUUGGAUAACAUGCAAUAAAUAAAACUUCAAGAGAUGUUGUGAAUGUAAAUUUGUUGCAAAUACCAAAAAAAGGAAAGGAAAGGAAAGGAAAGGAAAGGAAAGGAAAGGAAAGGAAAGGAAAGGAAAGGAAAGGAAAGGAAAGGACAUUAUUUUUUUAAUCCAUAGAGCAAAACACCAAAAGUUUUGAAGGAAGGGAGGAAAAGAUCUAAGAAAGAGUUUUCCUUUGGGAACCAGGUCUUUGCUAGGAAUGAGCUAUUGACCCUCACCACCUGUUUUUGGUGGUACAGACAAUGGAUAAAAAGACUGAAGGCGGUUUACAUUCAAGGAGAGGAUUGUGCUUCUUGUUCAUUCUCCAAAAAUGUAUUCUGGAGAGAGCGUAAGUGGAAUCACCUAAUAAGAGUACACCAGUCCCAGAAUGUCUUGCUAUGAUUCCCUGCCUAUGCUGUCCUGUUAUAUAUUUGAGAAUAUCUCUGGUGCAAGCACAUGAUUUAAGCAUUGUAAACUGAAAUACAUAGGUUUGUGGGUAUCAGUUAUGGGAGUAUCUAAAUAGGUUGCAUACUGUAUUUGUUGAGAUGUAUGGUGAAAAUGUAUCUAUCAGUUUAAAUGGCACUGAUUGCAUAUCUGUAUAUUUACAACAUAUAAGUUUUUAAGGAGUUGCAUCAGUGUAUAGUUUUGCAUAUAUAAAUGAGAUACUUGGUUAGGGGAAUGCAGUGGAACCUGGCUGCAGUAGAAAUGGUAUGUCCUCAUGAACCAUUGUCAAAUGAGACUGUGUCUUUUCGGUGAGAAUAUGCACUUGUUAGAAAUCACUAUCAUUCUAUCUGUCUGCUUGUAUCAGCAAAGCAGAAGAUCCUUUGUGGUGUGCAAAAUUGUGCCAUAUUUUGUGACAAGACAUGAGUGAUUCUAAGUGAAGAGAAAACAGUCUAACAAUCAUGUGUUACAGUGCUGGUAUGUACAGUUUAACAUUACAUGGGUAAAGGUUUUUAUAGUGAUCAGCCUCUCAUGUGUAUACUCAUUGUCAGACAUUUUAAGGGAGGGAAAGACUGCCAAAGGAUGUUAUACAGACUGCUCAUUCAAACUCAUUGCGUACAUUACCAUUUUUAGACAGUUUAAAGAGCAAUACAGUAAAUGUAGAAUGAUACCACAAAA